GGUUGGUGAGGGAGGGUGUACACGCUGCUCUCUCUACACCUACACGUAUAUACAUAAUGCAUGGAUAAAGUGGAUACAUACACCGCCCACUUUAGUGUUAGAUUAGUGCAGUGUUUGGGAUAGUUUGCAGGUGUGGAAAUACGCAGCAGCACGGCUCGCCCAGAGAAACCACGAUGGGACGGCGCUGACCUGACCUUUCUGGUCCUCCACUGUUCCCAUUCUUGACCUCCUUCCCUCGUCCUCCACCAGGCCAACCAUGGAGUACGAGAAGGGCGACCUGGUGUGGUUUGACCCCGGACUGGGCUAUGUGCUGCCGGGGGAGGUCAUGGAGUUCCACAGAGCAGGUCAGGUCAUCACCGUCCAAGCCGUCAUUGGCGGCAAGUCCCAAGUCUUCACGCUGACCAACGUCUCGUCCGUGCGUCGUCGUCAGGACCUGGGACCCACUGGCGUCGACGACAUGAUCAGUCUAUCGGAUCUGAAUGAAGCGUCGCUUCUGUGGAACCUCAAGAUCAGAUACGACAAGGAAAUGAUUUAUACCUACACGGGAAGCAUCUUGGUAGCGGUCAACCCAUACCGGAUGUUCGACAUCUACGGCCUUGAUACUGUGAAAAAAUACGAAGGCCAGAUUCUAGGCACCUUACCCCCCCACAUCUUCGCCAUUGGGUCGGCCGCGUACUCCCGCAUGAGUAAGGACUCAACCAACCAGUGUGUGGUGAUCUCAGGGGAGUCCGGGGCUGGCAAGACAGAGUCCACCAAGUUGAUUAUGCAGUACCUGGCGGCGGUUAACAAAUCCCAGAGCAACCUCAUCACCGAACAGAUCCUAGAGGCCUCCCCACUCCUCGAGUCCUUCGGCAACGCCAAAACCAUAAAAAAUGACAACUCCUCCAGGUUUGGCAAAUACCUGGAGGUCUACUUUAAGGACGGAGUGAUCACGGGGGCCAGGAUAACGGAGUACCUGCUGGAGAAAUCCCGUAUAGUGACGCAGGCGCACGAGGAGAGGAACUACCAUGUCUUCUACGAGCUGCUCGCCGGGCUCCCCGAAGAACGCAAGGCCAAGUACGGCCUCACCUCUGCCGACAAGUACUUCUACCUUAACCAGGGCGGGAGCUGCCAACUAGAGGGAAAAUACGACGCAGAAGAUCUCCAGGCCCUCCUCUCAGCCAUGCAGGUCCUCGGGUUCUCCUCCGACGAGCAGGACACUAUCUUCAGGAUCCUUGCGGCUGUUCUCCACCUCGGCAACGUUUAUUUCCACCGGAAGCAGCUCCGCCACGGGCAGGAGGGCGUCGAGAUCGGCAGUGAGGCUGAGAUCAAGUGGGCGUCGCAUCUCCUGCAGAUCGACGACGUGGGCAUCAGGAGGGCCCUCACCACGAAGAUCACCGAGGCGAGGAACGAGCGAGUCUUCACGCCCCUCAACAUCGAUCAGGCCCUGGACGCCCGGGACGCCGUGGCCAAGGCUCUCUACUCGUCCCUCUUUUCCUGGCUCGUCCGGCGGAUCAACCAGAUCAUCCACAAGGGCUCCAGGAAAACUCACAUCUCCAUUCUCGACAUUUUUGGCUUUGAGGUCUUCAAGGAAAACAGCUUCGAGCAGCUGUGCAUCAACUACGCAAAUGAGAAGCUGCAGUUCCACUUUAAUAAACACAUCUUCAAGCUGGAGCAGCAGGAGUAUGCUAAGGAGAAAAUUGAGUGGCAGAAUAUCGAUUUCCAGGACAACCUGCCGGUGAUCGAGCUGGUGGCCCGCAAGCCUGUGGGCAUCCUUCACCUGCUGGAUGACGAGAGCAACUUCCCCAAGGCCACCGACCACUCCUUCCUUGAGAAGUGCCACUACAACCAUGCCCUCAAUGAACUCUACUCCAGGCCGAGGAUGUCGUCUAUGGAGUUUGGGAUCAAGCACUACGCGGGACAGGUGUGGUACAGCGUGGAAGGUUUCCUCGACAAAAAUCGUGACACACUCAGAAACGAUGUGGUGGAGCUACUUAUCUCCUCCAAGCUCUCUAUGUUGUCGGAGAUGUUCCUCGACGUCCGGCUGUCGUCUGAGAACAAGACUUUAACCAAGGCCAAUGGUCGCUUUGUUACCAUGAAGCCCAGGACCCCCACCGUCUCCGCCCGCUUCAACGACUCCCUCACCCAUCUUAUCGAGGGCAUGGCCAAGUGUAACCCAUGGUUUGUGCGUUGCAUUAAACCCAACAACGAGAAGGCGCCAUUGAAGCUGGACAUGCCCUGCGUCCUCGAGCAGCUCCGGUACUCUGGGAUGCUGGAGACCAUCAAGAUCCGUCAGCAGGGAUUCCCAGUGCGCUUGCGGUUCAACCUCUUCUCUGAGCGGUACCGAUGCCUCGUUCCUGGCCAGGUACCGAGGGGGGCGCCAUCGAAGGAGAUCUGCCGGGUGGUGUUGGACCAUAUGUCGAGGGGGAGCCGGGGAGCCUUCCAGCUGGGCACCACCAAGAUCUUCAUGAAGGAGGCGCUGGAGCAGACGCUGGAGCAGGAGAGGUACAAGAGGCUCUCUCAUUCCGUCAUCACCCUCCAGAGGCACGUCCGGGGCUACCUCGUCCGUAGGAGGUACCGGGCACAGCAACGGAGCGCAGUUUUGGUGCAGUCUGUGGUGCGCAUGUGGAUGGCCCGCCGGAGCUACCGCACACUGCGCAGCGCUGUCAUCAAGGCGCAGGCGCUGGCCAGAGGGAGGAGGACGCGAAGACUCUACGCCAGACUUAAGGAGGAGAUGGCCCGACGGAAGAAGGCGGAGGAGCUGGCGAAGCAGAGGGCAGAGAGAGAGGCUCGCCAGAACCAGGCAGAGCAAGAGAGAGUCCAGCGCUCGGUCGCUGGGGUCAACCACCUGGAGAUUCCCGCCGAGUUGGCCUUCAUCCUCUCCAAGGUCAACGAUUGGCAGAAGCCCCAUGGAGACCGGAACAUUGUGCGGGCGGGGGCGCCGGUCCGGCCCGCUGCCAUCCACUACAGCCUGCCUCACGAUAUCGACUACCACCCGUACUCCAAGUUCACCAGCAUCUACUUCAAGUCACACAUCUGGGGGAUGAAGAGGGAGCCCAUCAAGACCCCGUUCCUCUCCAAGUCUCGGGACGCCGACUACAGCGACUCUCUGGCCGUGUUCAAGCUCAUCCUUCGCUACAUGAACGAUCAUACACUCUCAGGCGUCAGGGAGACCGUCCUCGGCAACUACAUCGCUAACAAGGGUCUUGUGAAUGAGCGGCUACAGGACGAGAUACUGUGCCAGCUGACCAACCAGACUUGGCGCAAUGACAACACCGCUAAUGCUGAGAGAGGCUGGCUCCUCUUGGCCAACUGUCUCUCUGUCUUCCCUCCCUCCUCCACUCUCUACAAGUACAUCCUCAAGCACGUGUCAGACCAUGGUCUCAAUGGGUACGCUGGUCUGUGUCAGCGGAAACUGCUCUCAUCUCACAAGAGGUCAUCUGGGGUGGCCCGCACCUUCCCCCCGACUGACCUGGAGUGGAGGGCCAAUCGCAAGAAGGCUCGCAUGGCCCUCGAGGCUCGCUUCUCGGACGGCAAAACAGGAAUAGGCGAGGUGGACUCAUGGACAACGGCCGAGGAGUUCGCUGCAGGUCUCCUGGAGGAUCGUGGCAUCACCGACUCUUCAGGCUGGACAGUGGCCAUCACACAGGACGACGCCGUGACGGAGACGCCUGGCCUCGAGUACGUCCUGGACCUGAUUGGAGAGCGGGAGCUGCCCCCAGCCUUCCCUAGAUGUUGCACAAGCCUCCUGCCUACCGGAACACAGCCGGAGCGUCGGUCAUCAGUGCCUGUCCUGCUGCCAGAAGUUGAAGAGGUGACGGAUGGUGCGCCAAUUGAGGAAUCCCCCGUGGUCGCCCGCAGGACGAGGUCACCCCCAGCCUUGACGAGGAAGCUCUCUAGAGAAGCCCUUGAAGCGCACGACCAGGUGAUGAGCAACAGCUCGGAGGCAGCUGGUGAUGGUAUAGGACUCUCUAGGACCUCGGCCCUCAACAACCGCUACUUCGACGACAAGAGCAAAAGCAGGUCGCUGGACAACCUCUUAGAAGGACCUCCUGAUAUCCAGAUGCUGGGCCUGUCAAGGAGUCGUCUGAACGAGCGGUACCACAGUGUGGAGCGCCUCACCGAGCAGAAUGGCCUUUACAAUGGAAGAGCCGCACAGGACCUCGAUCACCUGGAGUCUGUGUCCCAGAGAGGAGUGGCCAAGUCCCUCUCAGGCUCCAGGACCUGGAACAAAUAUGACCUGCUGGAGGAGGAGGAGAGAAAUGGAGUGGAAGGCGCUGAUGACGAGACCAAGACAGAGUACUCGCGAGUGUCCAGCAGGUACAUCAAGGGUGGGCAGGCAGGACGGAGGGUUCACGGGCCAGGCUCCCACCAUUCCACCAGGGCCUACAUUGAACGGGAAUACCUCAAGUCUUCAGCUAUGUCUGACACCAGUGAGGCUCCCUCUUUAGCUUCUCAUGUGCGGAGAGUGCGCGUCCCAUCCCAAGCUUCAGAUGUAGACCAGUUCCUGGAUGACCUCUUCAUGCCAGUUCUCAACUCUCAGCUGGACGAGCUAUCAGAUGCUCGCUCCCUGGCUGCCUCUAUCAAGGGUGGAGGACACACAGCUGCACCUCAGCCACUGAUGCACCUGGACGACGACCUCGAUGAUACGAUUGCCUUGGCCAGGACGCGACAGGGAUCUUUUCGGCGCCAAAGUCUAUUACACGUCUUACAAGAUGUAGAUCUUAAUGAAUCUUUGACCACUCUAACAACUAUACCCUUAUUAACGGAGGCUCUGAAAGGUGGGGGUCAGGGAGCAGCCGAGGUGGAGACGGGAGCGUCUCCGGCUGCUGCUGGAGGAACGUUCUUCUCUAACAUGUCAAUGUCUGGAACACCUGGCUCGCCUCCUCCCUUCAUCCCUGCUGGAACAGUGCCACUGUAUUCUGCAGGAGGAGUUAAUAUGCCAGGGAUGCAGACAGCAGGCCAGGCUGCAGGUGUGGAUCCCAACCAGCUCCUCAUCCAUCAACAGAGCAUCCAGCGAGCCUUCAUUCAGUCAGCUGUGGCACAGAACAUACAGAUCCAGCAGCAUUUGAUGGCCCAGAACCAAGCACUUCAGCAGCUCCUUGCCCAGUCUAUUCCGCACAUGGGCAUGGCAUCACGGGACUUUAGUCCACAGAGUGCCCUCGGCCUAAAUAUUCUCGGCAUGAUGUCAAUGUCUGGGAUGCCUAUGACGUCAGGUAUUCCCAUAGCUCAAGGGGUGCCUAUGGCAUCUGGUAUGUCCAUGGCAUCUGGUUUGUCCAUGGCAUCUGGAAUGCCCAUGAUGUCUGGCAUCCCUCUGACCUCUGGAAUACCUAUGACAGCUAUUCCAAAUAUGGGAAUGGCUGGCAUGGCGGGCAUGGCGGGCAUCCCGGGCAUGACAGGGGCAGCUGAUGGAACCCAGGUUGGCAGGGCUCACUACCAGGUGGGCGGAGACACGUACUCCCUCCCUCAGAGACGCGGCGUCAACAACAACAAUAAGGUAUCGUUCCAAGAGCCAGAACAAAGUGAGUUGUGGAGCACCGAGAAGGCAGGAACAACAGAAGGAGGCACUGAAGGGUCACCUCCGGCCGGAGCUGGUAGAGUGGCCGGCCCUCCAAUGUCUCCUCCACCUCCUUUGGUGAUGUUAAGUCCAGGGCCUGCGUCACCCAUGUUCUCCCAGGCUGCUGCUCUCUCCUCCCCUGUAGGAGAACAAAGUCAGAAGAAGAACUCAAAUGCCUCAGAUGAUGCCAAGAUGUUCCAUGACUUUAGCCUAGGACCGGGCUCUCCCGGCUCACCUCCAGGACCCAUCUACGGCCCCACUGAGUCCCCAUGGGGAGGUCUGGUCCCUCCCCCUCCGCCUAUGCCCACACAUCUACAAGUCGAGGACGGAGCUGGUGGCUUCAUGGACCCGUACCAGAGGGCCAAGACGGUGAGGAUCGGCAAGUGGCGGUGGCCCCCUCCCAAGGGUGAGGGGGACCCAAAUGACUCUUUCCUGCAGUUUAAGAUUCGUCAACAGACCAAGAAGAUGUCCAGACAACAUGAUGGCAGGGACUCCCAGCGGCCCAGUCGUGAUGAAAGCUUCACCAUAGAGUGGGAGGAGUUUGAGGUGGGCGGCCUACCCAGCAGCCCUGAGCAGAGUCCUCGCAAGGACUCACAGGAACAGAUGAUGUAUAUGCAUCAGUUGCAACAGCAGCAGCUACAGCAGAUGCAAGCCCAGCAGCAAGCUGUUGCUCUUCAGCAGACUAAUGGCCACGGGCCGAGCACUCCCAGGGAGAAGACUCCUGCCAAGGAGAAAGGAGCGACGCGGCGCCGACGGGACUCCUGGGACAACCCGGUAGAUGAAGGCAAGUCAUCGGGCAUCGGUAAGCUCAAGAUCUCCCGGGAGAUGAGAGAGAAGCUGGAGGCACUUACUUCAUCUCACCCAUCUAGAACACAAAAAGGUCCGGUGUUGCAGCAGCAACAACAACAGCAGCAGCAGCAACAACAGCAGCAACAGCAGACGAGAGGCAUCAAGAAGCUGGAGGCUCACCGCCGAUUCCUUCUGCAGCACCAACUGGAAGGGGACAAGUGGGACACAGUCGACUCCGUCAAGCAAGUAACGUCUAAGGUAGACAAAGUGGCAUCAGUGCCCCCUCCGCCACCAGUAGCUCCCCCAAGUAUGUACAUGAACCGGAGGGCGCCGUCCCCUGCACCCUCUGUGUCCUCCCAGGAGAGCUCCCCCGUCAUCCCCCAGCCCAGGUCUCCCCCGCCACCCAUCCAGCCCUCAGGGUUCCGUACGAGUGUAGACUACCAUACUGACAACAGUGACCGCCGUACCUCGGUCUCCACAAUGCAAACAGAAAAGACAGAACAUUUUGAACUUGAGGAGUCGUCAGAGUUCCUACAGCCAGUCGACAGUGCACCAGUUUUGGUCGACAAGGAAAUGGAGAAGAGAUCAUAUGAGGGCCUCAAGACUAGCCUCCUGCCAGCCCCUCAUGGCUCCCACAUCUCGUACUCCCGCGUCCCCUGGUCGCUCACACUCAGGAAAGAGCUGUUUUCUCCCGGAGAGCAGCUUUACGGGGAGGCCCUCCACCUGGUGUUCUGCCAGGUGGUGCUCGACGUGUACGCCGGACACACCCCCAGGAUCACCCUCGACCAGCGCACCCAGAUGAGGAAGAUGCUGGACAACCGAGGCGUAACCCCCAACAACACUUUCUCCCCUCACCACAAGAACUCCCUGAAGAAGGAGAUCGUGGAGAUGGCCAAGUCUUGGCCACUGUACUUCGCUGCCAUCUUCCCAGUCACUGGCUCACGUAAGGCCGGUGAUGUGGAGAUGCUGGCGGUGUCACACUCAGGCAUCAGACUCCUGCGACGCGACCACAAUCACUUCACUAUUCUCAGUACCUUCAACACCGUGGAAGAAGCUGAGUGUCCCAGGCCAGGGUCACUAAGACUGGUGGCCACCGGGGGCACCAGGAUGCUCCUCUACACUCCCAGGGCCAAGCAGAUAGCUGCCAUUCUCCACAAGUACAUCUCCAUACCCAAGCCCGGAAGCAAGGAGUUCGUCCGGGCAGUAGCAGACUACAUUACCAGGGAGAACACGCUCCUCAGCUUCAAGAAGGGAGAUAUCAUCAGGGUCAACGGUGCUGAUAGAUAUGAAGAUAAUGGAUGGCUGCAGGGCACCUUGGAUGGCCGCACAGGACUCUUUCCUGUUGAUUAUGUCGUGCCAAUUGCCAGGUCUGAAGCCAGAAAUGCUGCUGCAGCUGCCGCUGCUGCUGCUGCCGCAACUACUACUACUGCUACUACAAACAAUAAUACAGUUACGACUAAUAAUAUUACGAAUGCUGUUGUUGCUGGUACCACUACUGUUGCCGCCCACACAAAGGCUGAUAUCAUCGAAACAGGACUAAUAGAAAAUGAGUCUGAAAUACGCAGUGGUAUCGGUACAGGCACAUGGACACAGCAACAGGUGAUGCACUCCAACACUCUCCUCCACUCCCACCACGAUGACUCUGGCCACUCCUCGGGUGGAGAGGGAGGUGGAGGGCCCGGCAGUGGAGGAGGUGGCAGCCAGCCAGUGGUGCAUGAUGGCAAGCAUUCAUUGUUACAAUUUGCUCUCCAGCAUUUCAGAUUAUCCAAAGAACAAGGCAUUGUGCAAUCUGAUGGUACACUUCAGACAAACAAAAAGAAGAAGAAAGGCAAUAAAGACAAUGUUGCACAGUGGACUUGGAAGGAUCAGGUUGAAAUGGUAAAGUUCAGCCAGUCUCCAAUUUCUGCCUCUCUACUGCCACUGGAGCCAGAGCUGAGCCAGAUGGCAGUUGAGAGCUUUGUGGCAGUGAUGCGGUACAUGGGAGAUUAUCCAAUGGCACCACAACACACAGAGGUUCAUUGUGUCUACACAAUUCUCAUGAACUGUCACAAGCACCAUGUGUUGAGAGAUGAAGUGUAUUGUCAGAUCAUGAAGCAGACAACGAAUAAUAAAUCCUCCAUCCCAGACUCUUGCCAGAGGGGGUGGAGACUCUUCUCCAUUGUGGCAGCUUACUUUACUUGCUCAGAAAACCUUAAGCCCUACCUCUUUAAAUAUCUUGAAACGGCAGCGUAUGAUAAGAGAAGAGCAUAUCACGGUACAGCAAUGGUAUGUCUUCAGAAUCUUCGUAAAACAUUUAAUUAUGGUGGACGCAAGAAUGUUCCAAGUAUUGAAGAGAUUACUGCCAUAACUGCUGGUCGCAAUUCUAAGAGGCAAAUCUACAGACUUCCUGGAGGAACUGAAAGAGUUAUAAACACAAAGAGUACUUCAGUAGUGCAGGAUAUUAUUGAAGAGAUGUGUAACCUGAUAGGUGUGAGAUCCCCGCAUGAACAGGAGGAAUACAGCUUGUACUGUAUCGUUGAGGGUGACACGUUCACCAUGCCCCUGGCCAGAGAAGAGUAUAUUUUAGACGUCACAACAGAACUACUAAAAAACCAACAGGUGUUCUACUUAAUAUUCUGUCGAAGUGUGUGGUACUACCCAUUGCGAUCUGAUAACCCCUUGUACUAUGAAGUGGUGUUCAAUCAGAUCGCUCCAGACUACCUAGAAGGUCUUCUGUUGGUGACACCAGGAGAGCAACUCCAGCAAGAAGUUAUUUAUGAUAUUGCCAAAGUUGCUGCCCUUCUCCACCGAGCUGCUGACCUGGAAGACAUGCCCAGUAUGAAAGAAGUGAAAUACUUGUUGCCAAAGCCUGCGCUAACUGUGCGGGAUGUUAAACCUCCACAAUGGGUCAAUAUGGUCCAGUCAGCUUGGCCAGAAGUUGCAACACUCACCAGUUUACAAGCCAAAGCACAGGUUCUUGAAAUCCUCCAACUGUGGCCACUAUUUGGGUCGUCCUUCUUUGCUGUUAAGAGAGUAAUGGAACCAAAGGAAAGAACAGACCAUAUCCUCGCUCUGAACAAAAAUGGAGUUCAUUUUCUUGAUCUCCUCACUCAUGAAACCUUGACUAGGUACAGUCUGGCUGAGGUGAUGAGUACAAGGAAAGUCAAAAGUGAAGAUGAUCUGUACCUAGAUAUGAAAUGUGGCAACUUAAUGCAGCAACGCAUCACUAGAAUACAAACUGACCAAGCACAUGAAAUUUCCCGCCUCAUCCGCCAAUACAUCACCAUUGAGCAGCGUGUAACUGGGCACACUAGAGGAGAUAAUCCUAAAGAUCUGACGCUUUCUAGAUGAGCUGCAACUAAGGAGUUGCUGUAACUAAAAAUCAAUUUUUGAUGUCCCUAUUGUACUUGACAGUCGGAUGAAUGUGAACAUUGUCAAGCACACAGUUUACCGUGAAAGAAAAAUAUGAAAAGAUUUGAUAAUUGACUUAUAUUUUUAAAUUAUGAAUUGUGUAUAGGAUAUCCGAAUUAUUCCUCGGAAAAGGAGAUUUUUUAAUUCAUGAAGGCCUGUGAUGGUGUCUUAAAAAAAAAAAAGAAACUGUGCACAUCUAAAGUGACAUUAGAAUGCACAAGAAUGUGCCAAUAGUGAUAGAAUGAAACUUUUGUAAUGAGAAUUACCAGACAUUUACAAAGAGUUAAGUAUGCACUACAGUUCAUUUGAAAAGGAAACGGGGUGCUACAUGGAGAUUGCAGUGAUCAUUGCUGGUCACUAUUAACAAAUCUUAUUCUUGCCUUCCCUAACGGUACAGAGAAAAACAUGGAUUCAGUAUUCAGUUAUGGUACCAUGUUAAAUUCUGCAUCUGUUCAUGAUGCGAGGGGGGAAGUGCAUAUAACGAUUUUUAUAUAGAAUAAAAAGACACGUUUGCCUGAUCUGUUGACGGGACAAAAUUAAUUUUAAUGUGUGAUAAACUAAUUUGAUUAACUGUAUUGUGAGAUGAAAUGUGAAAGCGAUGAAUGGUGUAUAUGAUGUACCGAUGCCAUAUAACCUCUUAACGUUUUUUCCUGCAUGGAGUUGAUCAGAUCAUAAACAUCAUUGUAGUCCUUGUGAAUGUACAUAGAUUCUGACAUGCCAUUUUAAAAUUUUACAACUUUUUAAACUGUUGCUACAAUGGUUGAAAAGACCGGCUAAAUUGUUAGCACAAUUUUUAUGAACAAUUAGUGUGAUUAACCAUGCAGAGUACUUCACAAAUGAAUGGGACUGUGUAUGUAUAUAUAGUAAUAAAAUAUUUAUUAAGUUGACUAUGUGCAUGACCAAAAUUAUCUUUACAAUGUAAAGGAAGACACAGAAAUGAGAAACUAAAUUUGCUUUUUAAAUCGAAAAUGUAUUUCUGCAAAUCAUCAGCCCGUCUCUUGCACUGCUCAAAUAUGUGAUUUUGUAUAUUUUUACGUUGUAAUAUUACAAUUUACUAACUACAGUAUAAUUUUAUUUUCUUACACUUGUGCAUCACUCAAAACUGUAGAGCUUCUCAAAACAUGAAUAAACCUUCUUUGAUUAGUUGUUUAUACACUAAAUUCAAAAGUAUAGAUCAACUUUGUCUUUAUUUAAUAUUUAAGUUCAAUAUUUUUCUAUUGCCAUGUUUCUGCUCUUCACUUGCACAUGUUGUAAGAUUAUAGUAAUUGUUUCCUAAUAAAACUUGCAAGUUUC